AGUCGUAUUUAUUUACCCAAAUUGAAAAGUGUGGCUAUUUGCGUCAGCCACAAACCGGUUUUCCAUACGUGUGCUGUCAUCGACCCGCUGCUGAACAUCAACAUAUGUUGGUGUCAUUAAAAAAUUUCUCUUUUUUAUUUAUUUUUCUGUUGUUUGGCUGAGAGCGUGUCGAUUCUCGUGUGGAAUUUAACCUACCCUAUGCUGUCCGCUGCCGACCGGAACCGUAUUUUGCGUCCCAAAUCCUGUGCGCGUUGUGUGACUCGAGGUGCUUUAGGUAAAUUGCCGACCUUUAUGCUGAUGCAAGAGGGUGGAAGAGUCCAGAGUUUAGCAAAACCAGCCAGCACAACACGAACCGAACUAAAGCCCUUUGCAGGAUGACGGCCAUGUUUGCAAGAAUCACAUUCUACCCAUCACUGCUGUACAAUGUGAUGAUGGAGAAAAUUACGGCCCGCAACUGGUACGACCGUAUCGACGAGAACGUCAUCCUGGGCGCGCUACCCUUUCGGUCGAUGGCACAGGAAAUGGUGCGGAAGGAAAACAUAAAGGCGGUCGUGUCGAUGAACGAGGACUACGAGCUGUGGGCAUUCUCCAACAAUAAGGCACGCUGGGACAAGCUCGGCGUCGAGUUUCUGCAGCUCGAAACGACCGACAUCUUCGAAUCGCCGUGCCAGGAGAAGCUAUGGAAGGGCGUUAACUUUAUGAACCGUUUUCUGCCGGCGAGCGAGAAAAUGGUGCAGCUUCCGGCGGCCGAAGGACCUCCGGUCGAAAGCGGUACGAUCUAUGUGCACUGUAAGGCGGGCCGGACGAGAAGUGCGACGCUCGUCGGAUGUUACCUCAUUAUGAAAAAUGGCUGGAGUCCCGAGCGAGCUGUGGAGCACAUGCGUGUAUGUAGACCACACGUGUUGCUACGCAGCAAGCAGUGGGAAGCGUUACGGUUAUUCCAUCAAACGAAAUGUCCUCCAAAUACACCGACGUAAAACAGCGGAGCAAAUUGCAACGUACGCAACGAAAUCCUGACAGUAUAACACUGUGUUCGAAUGUUACUGGGUUAAGCAAUAUUAGUAUCACGGGCAAACGGUGGCUAGGUAAAACGCUAUUAGAUAGGAAAAAAGUUCGUUUAACGACGAUUUAUUACCACAUCGAACAUCUCUCCCUCUCUCUCUCCGGUGUGCUCAUGGAUUGGAGAAAGGCAAUUUACAAUAAAUUUGUUUUUUGUUUUUGUAUUUCAA